GGUUUGGAUGUUGUUUGGGUUCGUUGUGUCUUCUCCCCUUUCGAAAAACGAAAACCCUAGCCGCACACCGCUCGCACUUCGAAGGAUAACGGCGGCGUUCGUUUCCCGGCCACCCUGCUCGCGUUCGUCCUGUUCUUUCGUCGCUGUCUGUGUUUAAUUUCGCCUUCAAUCGUCCCAGCUGUUUCCGAUUUCACCUUCGAUCGUCCCACCCCCUUUUGUGUUCAAUCCCUGAGAUGCCAAGCGCUUGGACAAAUAUGAGCUUUGCAAUUGAACAUAGGGAUUUAGGGAGGGAGUGGGAGAAUCGGGGUGGAGUUGUGGUUAUUUUUUUAAAUUAUUGGAGAUUCUUGCUCACUCUCAGAAGAUGUAUGCCUGCUAAUAUUCUGGAAUGGAUGGGGAGAUCAAAUUUAAUUUCAAAAUUAUUAUAGCUUUGGAGCAUCUUGGAGCAAAUGAGCAAGCUUGUGGAGCAUGGCUCACCUCAUGGAUUGCUCUCUUGAGCACUUGUUUUACUUCUUCCAUCAAACAUGAGUGGUCGCUUUUCUCGCACAAUUUAUGUUGGCAACCUGCCUGGUGAUAUAAGAGAAUCAGAAAUUGAAGAUAUAUUCUACAAGUAUGGCCGUAUACUGGAUAUUGAAUUGAAGGUUCCACCUCGUCCUCCAUGUUAUUGCUUUGUCGAGUUUGAUAAUGCUCGAGAUGCAGAAGAUGCAAUUCGGGGUCGAGAUGGAUACAACUUUGAUGGCUGUCGUUUAAGGGUUGAACUUGCACAUGGUGGUAGGGGGCCAACCUCAAGUGAUCGACGUGGGUAUGGUGGUGGUGGCGGCGGCGGCGGCGGCGGCGGUGGCCGUAUUGGCCUCUCACGCAAUUCUGAAUUUAGAGUUAUUGUCCGUGGACUCCCGUCUUCUGCAUCCUGGCAAGAUUUGAAGGAUCAUAUGCGAAAAGCUGGUGAUGUUUGUUUUGCUGAGGUUUCCCGUGAUAGUGAAGGGACUUUUGGCCUUGUUGAUUACACUAAUUAUGAUGACAUGAAAUAUGCUAUUCGGAAAUUGGAUGACACUGAAUUCAAAAAUCCGUGGGCAAGAGGUUACAUUCGGGUCAAAAAGUUUGAGAGCAGACGUUCAAGGAGCCGCAGCAGGAGCCUCAGCAGGAGCAGAAGUCCAAAAAGAGUUAGAAGUAGGUCUUUGGAUAGAUCUGUAUCUAGGUCACGAUCUCGAUCCAGAUCAGCUUCACCAAUCAAAUCUUCCAGGCCAAGGUCAAGAUCGAAAUCACGAUCACGGUCUGCAUCUCCACCCCAGGUGCCGUCUGGUAGUGGUUGAUAUUCUUGCAACUGCAGGAUUCUCUGGAGCUAUUGUCCUAUUCUGUGCACUAUUGGAAUUUAUUUCUGUUGGUUUUCAUUGUUUAAUGGAAAAUCUUAAUGUACCAGAGUUGUUUUUGGGAUACUUGUUAUCAGUAUGGCGAUUCUCUUGGGAUUAGACAAUAGACAUGUUUCUAAAUUGUUGCUGUCAUUUUGGCUUUAUUUCGUUUAAACUAGAAUUUUCAAUUUUAGACUUGGCUGUUGAACUUUUCAAUGAGUUAGUAAGACAAUUAUUUGAGUUUGAAA